AUGGAAAAGAACUUCGAAAAGGGCUAUGCAAUUGUGUUGGCACCCGCCGACUACGGCCCACCGGAGUAUUAUCUCGCUCACCAUGGAGUGAGAAAAGGUCCGAAGCUACGCGUUGUGUUUGACGCUGCAGCACCGUUCAAGGGAAAGUGCUUGAACGACAGUAUUCUCAGUGGUCCGGCUUUACAAACCCCAUUGCCAUCUGUCAUCUUGAAAUUUCGGGAAGGCGAAAUCGCAUGGGCAGCUGACAUAGAAGCCAUGUUUAGCAGAAUACGACUGAGACCAGAAGACGCACGAUACUUUAGGUUUCUUUGGAAAAGAAACGGGGAGGAGAAAGUGUGCGUGUGUGAGAUGAAGCGGCUACCAUUCGGCGCUACCUGUUCGCCAUUCAUUGCGAUCAGUACCACGCGAAAAAUUGCUGCUGAUCUCAGCGAUGACCCGAAAGUCAUCGAGGCAAUCAACACAAGGAUGUACGUUGACGAUUACCUCAGCUCCGCCAAAUCACUGGAGGAAGGUAUUCAAGAAGCAGUAGGCGUUAAAGAAACCCUAGCAAAAGGAGACAUGCACCUUCAAAGCUGGAUCUCCAAUUCCGCAGCUUUUGUGAAAAUCUUAGCACCUACAAGUAAAGGUGUUAGUCAAGGCCCAGCCGAGCUUCCAUUAAGCAAGGACGACUCUGAAAAAGUCCUUGGUGUUUACUGGAACCCGAAUUCGGAUACGCUUAAAUUCAGAGUGAGCGGGCUAGAAGAAAUCACCUACACACGGGUUGGAAUUGCAAGUAAGGUUGCGAGUUUGUUCGAUCCGCAAGGGAUGGCAGCUCCCCUUAUUGUUAAAGCCAAGAUCAAGUUAAGGGAGCUCGGAACAAAAGGGCUUCAGUGGAACGAUCUCAUCAGCAGCGACGACCGUGAUUGGUGGGAAGAAUGGUUUAGCGUCCUACAGCAGCUCAACGACAUCGACAUUCCACGCUGUUUAUUCCCAGAUGAGGAGAAUAUUACCCGAUCGGAACUCCACGCAUUUGGAGACGCAUCGGAAGAGGCGUACGCUGCAGUUAUCUACAUUCGGAAUGUGUACUCUGAUGGUCGAGUACUAGUACGACACGUGCGGGCGUCAACAAAAUUGGCACCGAAAAGAAGCAUUUCCGUGCCAAAAUUGGAGUUAAAUGCUGCUCUGCAAGCAGCCCGUCUCGCACGCUCAGUGAUCAAAGCAUUCACAAGGAUUCCGCACCGUCGGUAUUUCUGGACCGACAGCAGCACCGUAAGAAAUUGGAUUCGAGCAACCACGUCCAAAUAUCAGAUGUUUGUCAGUCAUCGGGUUGGAGAAAUCCAAACACUGACUCAACCAGACGAAUGGCGUUUUGUGCCGGGCAAGAUGAACACAGCCGAUAUCGCAACUCGUUCAGCCAUUGAAGAGGAAGCCCUUCCAUCGCGCUGGUGGGACGGACCGAAAUUCCUACAAGACGACGAAGAAACAUGGCCAGCAGAUUUGCCAUGGAUUGCCGUGGUUGAAGAGAUACGGCCAGUGCGAUCACAUCAAGCCACCGUUACUACUUCAACGUUCGAUUGGGAAAGUGUCAAGAUCGGUGUAGAAGACAUUCCGGACUUAGUAAGACUGGAAAAGGUGUUCUACGAUCUCGUAAAAAGAUGCCAAUCGGAGGUGUAUAGCGAAGAAAUUCGUCGUUUGAAGAAAGGAAAAUGGCUUCAGCCUAACUCAAGUUUACUCUCUCUUUGUCCCGUUCUCGGAAAAGAUGGACUUUUGAGACUAGGAGGACGAGCCGGGCGAGCUAAGUUGCCCUAUGAAGAAUUGCACCCGCCAUUGCUGCCUGCGCAGCAUAGUUUUACGAAGACUAUCGUUCGAGCGUUCCACGUAUUGCUUAAGCACGUUGGAACAGACUACCAGAUCAGCUACAUAAGGCAGCAUUUCUGGAUACCAGGAGGCCGGGAACUAGUCAAAAGGAUUAGAUACGAGUGUGAAAAGUGCAAACGAGAACGUGCCAAGCCAGGCGAACAACUUAUGGCUGAACUACCGGAUUCGCGCCUAGAAUCUGGCUCAGCUCCAUUCACUCGAACAGCCUGUGAUCUGUUUGGGCCAUUGGAAGUAGGACUUUCGCAAAAUCGCACAGCAAAGCGAUGGGCCGUUUUGUACACCUGUCUCGUUACCCAUGCCGUCUAUGUGGAUCUCGUGAACUCACUCUCAUCAGACGAUUUCCUUCUUAGCCUUCGGCGUUUUAUCGGACUUUACGGCAAACCUCGCGUCAUGCAUUCCGACAACGGCACAAACUUUGUUGGUGCUGAACACGAGCUGAAAGAAGAAGCCGAAAAACUGUAUGCCGAUGAGAAAGUAGCCGAGUUCCUGAAUUUGAAAAGGAUUGACUGGAGAUUCCAGCCACCCAGAACACCACAUUUUGGUGGAGCGCACGAGUCGCUUGUAAGAUCGGCAAAAAAGGCGCUUUAUACCGCUCUUGACUUGGAGAGUAAGAAGCUACGACAUCCAGCGGAAGACACACUCCGCACUCUCCUAUAUGAAGUAGCCGGUUUAUUAAAUGGUCGUCCCCUCACUGCAGCCAGUACAGAUCCGAAUGACUUCCGUCCGUUAACUCCUAACGAUUUUCUAAAUCGUCCGAGUUCGGCCGACCCACCAGCUGGGACAUUCGACGACGCACUGCCCCGUGAGCAUUAUAGGUACGUCCAGAGAAUGGCCAAUCUAUUCUGGGAUCUUUGGAAGAAAGUUUAUCUACAGUCACUUGCUGGAAGAAAGAAGUGGAAAUCCCCUCUGCCCAACUUUAAAGUCGGGGAUGUUGUGUUGGAGAUCGACAAGAGCCUACGACGCGGACAAUGGAAUAUCGGCAGGAUUGCGAAGGUAUUCCCAGGGCCAGAUGGCCUAGUUCGAGUCGUAGAUGUGCAGCUGGAAAGAGGACUUUUCCGUCGUGGAAUCGACACUCUCGCGCUAUUAGAAGUUAGCUCAACAGGCGAUGUCGUCCCAGACAUACCCGCUUCGGGGGAGGAUGUUCCGGCGAAGAAUUAA